GUUAUGGAAAAUCUGAAAGUUAAGAGUGCAGUACACUCAAGUGCCUUUAAACCACCGCUUCAAUAUUCUGGCCAUUCUGUGAUUCCAACAAUGAAGCAGGGAGAAAGGUGGGCAACACUACCCAUGACCAACCAAACCAGGGAGAGAUGGCCUUCAGAUGAGACUAUUGAGUUUCCAAAGGAAGAGAACACAAACAAUUGGUGGAGGGGAAGAGGAACUGUAUCUACAGCAGAGAAAGGAAGGCAAACUGCCCCAUCCCAGAUACUUGUCCGCACACUCUCUGAAGGAUUUUCCUUCUCCACCCUUGAUUUAUUGUCUAUUUCCUCUAAUGAGCCGAUGCCAUCAUGGGAUCUUGUACCAGCAGACAAUAAAGCAGAAGCAGCCAUGUCGGAACAUGUCCCGGAAACUCGACCCAAACCGGCAGUGCCCAUGAAGCCAGUGGGCAUGAACCCCAACCUCUUGGGUUAUAUUGGCAUAGACACCAUUAUUGAGCAGAUGCGUAAGAAAACAAUGAAAACGGGCUUUGAUUUUAAUAUUAUGGUUGUUGGACAAAGUGGCUUGGGAAAAUCUACACUGGUGAACACACUUUUUAAAUCCCAACUGAGUCGAAAAUCUGCAGGUUGGAGUCGGGAUGACAAAAUACCUAAAACAGUGGAGAUUAAAUCAAUCAGCCAUGUUAUUGAAGAAGGAGGAGUUAAAAUGAAGCUCACUGUAGUUGACACCCCAGGAUUCGGGGACCAGAUUAAUAAUGAAAACUGCUGGGAGCCUAUAGAAAAAUUUAUCAAUGAGCAGUAUGAGAAGUUCCUUAAGGAGGAGGUGAAUAUAGCCAGGAAGAAACGUAUCCCAGACACACGUGUGCACUGCUGUCUCUACUUCAUAUCUCCCACAGGACACUCCUUAAGACCUCUUGAUUUAGAAUUCAUGAAGCACCUCAGUAAAGUUGUCAACAUUAUUCCUGUCAUUGCCAAAGCAGAUACCAUGACCCUGGAAGAGAAAACAGAGUUCAAGCAAAGGGUUCGGAAGGAGCUAGAAGUGAAUGGCAUUGAAUUCUACCCUCAAAAAGAGUUUGAUGAUGACUUGGAAGAUAAAACAGAGAAUGAUAAAAUACGGCAGGAAAGCAUGCCUUUUGCUGUAGUUGGCAGUGACAAAGAAUACCAAGUAAAUGGAAAGCGUGUUUUGGGUCGUAAAACCCCCUGGGGCAUUGUUGAAGUUGAAAACCUGGCUCACUGUGAAUUCUCCUUGCUACGGGACUUUGUUAUUAGGACUCAUCUCCAGGACCUCAAAGAAGUGACCCACAACAUUCACUACGAAACUUACAGAGCCAAGCGUCUAAAUGAAAAUGGUGGUCUCCCCCCUGUCAGUGCCGAAAAUGAAGAGUCACACGACAGCAACAUAUGAAACCCUGGUAUAUUUCAUACCUCGAUGUCUAUCCUGGAUCCUCAUAGCAGUGUGUAUGACAGACACUUCAAUUACUGUCUAGGACGUUUUCCAUCCUUGGGCUGCCAACUCUUGGUGCCUCACACUCUGGAACAACAAUGUGGUCAUAGUGCAUGGCAGCUCUGAUAACAGGCCUGAAUUACAUGGACUGCACAAUAUCACAUAAAGAUAGGGAGAGAGAGGCAGCUGGACAAUACUGUGUUAUUUAUCACACUUUCUAAACAACAAAAUUCCCACAUUUCAUUGCCUUGAAUGAGCACAAUGUUGCCAUUUAGUCAAUUAACACCCAGUCAUUUCUAUGAGUAAGCAUAUCAUUCAUCACUUCAUUAGUACAUGUGGGCUAACAGAUACCAUCCACAAUAGUAACCAUCCUAUCCAUUACCUACAUCACCGUCAGCUGUAAACACUACAAAGCGUUUAUCGUUCCAAUGUACAAACAUACUUAGUCCUGCCAUGAUUUGUAUAACACCGGAGUGCUUUGGAAGGGGACUUUGGAUUCCUUCCUGUGACACUGAAGCCAAUCCACAAUGAGUUUUUUCGAUUUUAUGAUUAUAAUUUCACUUUGCACUUUGGAUACCUAUUCAUUUUUUCUAAUAUACACAAUAGUUACACUGUAACGCAUGAAAGUAUCCUGUAAACAGAGAUGGUGCCAUUCAGCAUCAGCAUUUUCUUGGUGAAGUAGCAUAAAAUGCCCAUCGAGAUAAACAAUAGGGAAAUGUCAUUGCAAACAAAAUAGUAUUGUUUUUUGGGGCCAGCACCUUGAGUAAGCUUGUAGCACUGCAGCAUUGCAUCACUGGGAUCCUGACUUUUAUUCCAACCUGCACACUAUCCACAAGAAGUUUGAAAGUUCACCCUGUGUCUACAUGGGUUUAUUCCAGGUACUCCUGAUAAAAUUGACCUUAGUGUGUAUAUGGUAGGGCCCUUAGACUAUUAACCCCAUAGGGAAGGAACUCUGAUGAGCAAUCUUGUAAAGUGCUGCAUAACAUGUUGGCACGAUUGUAAACUGAUGAUAAUUUUUUUCUGGCUAGGUUUAGAAGCUAUCAGACUAGGAAAUCCAGAGGCAUUCCCAUCAAUUUGAAAUUUUGAUAUUUAUUUAAUUUGAAAUUUUGAUAUUUAUUUACACUUUCCUGGAAUUUUUACAACAAAGUGACAUACUGAGGGGGCACCAGCAACUCCAGUACAGGUGAAACAUUUCCAAAUAUAACUUUGUAUUUGAAGGAAUGUAUAUCACCGGUGAUUAAAAAAUUUACUCUCAUGAAAAGAGGUGAGUAAACUGGUUUACCACAAGCAUUUCAAAACAUUUCCUCAAAAUACUACUUAACACAAUAUUUUGAAUAUUUAAUUAAUUGUGUGUAAUCUCCCUCAACCUGACAAUGCUCCUGCAAAGUCACAUAUUCUGAGAGCCCUAUGGCAAGAGCAACUGGUUUGAAUACAAGUAGCCACCCGCACACCCUUAUCCUUUCCAAGUGUUAUAAGCCCAGUGCUCAAUGUUAGAGGUUCGGCCUUGCGCACUAGAAAAUAAUUCACUGUCACACUGAGCUACUGCAAGAAGAAACCUUUGCACGUUUAAUGAGGAAGUGCAACUUUUUAGAGCCACGUCCCUUUGUCAAGCAUACGGAAAAACAUUUAAAGUAUUUAAAGGUAGAAUGAUUUACAGUUUUGGUGUAUUGCAUCUUUGCUGAAGGUGAUUUGUUGCCUAGACAGAGCUACUACAGCCAACUUCUCUUCUCAGCAAAAGUAGCUAGCUAUAUCUACAUACACACAGUUGCGUGUCUUGUUUUGGUGCUUUCUCCUUAAAUAGUUUGUAUUUAAACAUUAAUAUUAAAUAAUAACCUUCC